GUGUGGGUCGGUGACUGAGACUUGUGGCCCGAUUCUCGCAACAGAUCCAUCCAUUUCCUCCGAUUUUGCUUUACAAAGCUCUCUUCUCUCUCUUGAUCAAUCGCCAAUUUUGCGUGUAGCGAUGGCGCGUUGCUAAUUCCCAUUGCCUCCCGGGUUUGUGGGAUUGGAUUGGGUUUUUCCUGGGUCCUCUCCUCGCUCUCUCUCUCCUCUCCACUCCUGGAUCGACCUUUGGACCACAAAUCGAGGAGGAAUCCCACCACGCGCUAGAAGAGCUCUCCCGUUGGAGUGGUCUCGUCUCUCUCUCUCUCCUGUCUCUUCUCUCUCCUCCCUUCUCUCUCUUUCUUUCCCCUCGAGCGCGAGCCGGCGCGUCCUUUGUCUCUCGCGAAUCCAGCUCUUCUUCUCUAGGAUAGCUAGCCGCCAGCCCAGCGACAGUGAGCUCUCAUCCCAUCUUCUAAAAAGCCCCGCGAAUCCCUUCCAUCUGAUCCUAGGCUUCGCAUUUUCGCUAUCUCCUCCUCCUUUGCGUUUGAUCGAUCGGUUCGAGCGAUCGGCAGCAGUGGCGGAGGAGAUUGCGUGUUGGUGGCGCUGCUAUCAUCAAAAUGUAAUCUUCCCCACGGAUUCUUGCGGAAUUUGUGGCAGCCCUCUCCCAUUUCUCUUCUCUUCCUCUCGAUCUCUCUCGCUAGAGCUGGAGCUGGAGCUGGAGGAUGGAUCCCAGUGCGGUGCUCGCCAAUGUGUCGCAGCUGAUCCAGAUGCUCAUCCUGGUCGGCGGCGGUGAUGGGGGAAAGAAAUCGCGGCCGCGCGGCGACUGGCAAUCCCUGGCACAGUGCCUGGGGUUGCUGAUUCCCAUUGUGGAGGAGUGGAAGGCGCUGGAUUCGUCGCCGCUGCUGCUGCUGGAGCUCGCGCUGAUCAAGGCCAAGGAGCUGCUGCUGGAUGGCGGCGCCGCUGCUAGGAACAGCCGAGUGUUCCAGGUGGUGUGUUGCGAGGAGAUUGCGAAUUGGUUCCACGAGAUUGCCACAAUGCUGGACGAGGCUUUGCGUAGCAUGUCCAUGGAUGGAUUCUCGGACCACGCCCAAGCACAGGCAAUGCUGGCGCUGGAGCAGCUGCGAAGAACAAAGUUCCACCCCGACAUCUCGGAUCAAAUGCUCAUGACCCAGAUCGAGCUGCUACUCGCGGAGAUGCGAGACGAGCACCAAGUCCGCCCCGACAAGCUGGCCAAGCUCUUCGACAAGCUCGACAUCGCGUCCGACGAGGCGCUCUCGCGGGAGCUGGACGCGCUCGAGGCCGUCAAGAAGAAAGCCCGCCUCGCCAAGCGCAAGUCCGAGGAGGAGUUCUUCGAGAGGAUCAUCUCUCUUCUCAUGCAAAUGGUCAAGUGCUCGCCGGAGGGAUCCGAGGCCCGAGCUUCCGGACUCCUGGCUGCUCCCACAGACUUUCGCUGCCCCUUGUCGCUGGAACUCAUGGGCGAUCCGGUGAUCAUCGCCUCGGGCCAGACUUACGAGCGAGCUUAUAUCCAGCAGUGGAUCGAUCAAGGCAACACGACGUGUCCAAAGACGCGGCAGAUCCUCUCGCACACCAAUCUCAUCCCGAACUACACCGUCAAGGCUCUCAUCACGAACUGGUGCGAGGCCAACAGCGCGCCGGUCCCAGCUCCCGCCAAGCUCUCCUCCUCCUCCGUGCUGCUCAAGAGACUCUCCAAGAACAGUCACAACAGCGAUGGCGAUCACGCACCGGAAACUCCAGCGCGCGACCGGGAGGUGCGGGCUUGCACAGUGCGAUCGCACUCUUUCGCUGGUCACUGUCACGACUACGCGGAUCGAACGAACCGAUGCGAAUACUGGUCGUUCGUGCCUGCUGGAGGAAAUCACCGCGCUUCUCCGACUGCUACUGGCACUUCUCCUCCCGGGAUCUUGGAAGAUCACAGGCUGCGGAAGCUCCGAGCGUCGCCGUCGGGAUCCAGCGGAUCCUCCGAGGGUGGCCAUGCAGACGAUCCGCAGGUGGCCACUCCCAGAGCUCUCGACACGUCCAUCAACUUGAGCGACUACUCUCCGUACAACAGCGAUGCUUCCGGCGAUCUCGGGAGCCCAUCGUACGGGAUGAGACAGCAGCAGCAGCGGAGGAGUUCCCGGAGAUCGCCACUCUCGUCCGCGGCGGCCACCAACGCGGCUGCGGCUCGCCGGGCAGCUCGUAGCAUCACCGACGGCGCGCUGCGCGUCCUGAUCGAGAACUCGGUGGAGGAUCUCGUGUCCGGGAACCCCGAGCUGGAGCUGGCGGCGGCCGAGGAGCUCCGCCUCCUCGCAAAGUACGAUACCGAGAACCGCGUCCUCAUCGCCGGGGCCGGGGCCAUCCCGCUGCUGGUGGAUCUCAUCACAUCCAAAGAGAAGAAGCUCCAGGAGAACGCUGUGACCGCGCUGCUCAACCUCUCCAUCAACAAUGCCAACAAGUCGGAGAUCGUGGCAGCGGGGGCGGUGGCGCCGCUGGUGGAGGUUCUCAAGAGCGGCACUUCCACCGCCAGGGAGAACUCCGCCGCCGCGCUCUUCAGUCUCUCGGUUCUAGACGAGAACAAGCCGGUCAUCGGCGCCUCGGGGGCCAUCCAGCCGCUGGUUGACCUCCUCGUCAACGGCAGCCUGCGCGGUCAAAAGGAUGCCGCCACCGCGCUCUUCAACUUGUCGGUCCUGUCGGAGAACAAGUCGAGGAUAGUCAACGCCGGUGCGGUCAAGGCCCUGGUCAACCUGGUCAGAGAUCCGACCAGCGGCAUGGUGGACAAGGCGGUCGCGGUGUUGGCCAACCUGAUGACAUGUCCGGAGGGGCGUGUUGCGAUUGGAGAUGAUGGCGGUAUUCCAGCGCUGGUGGAGGUGGUCGAGGCGGGUACUGCCCGUGGUAAGGAGAAUGCUGCGGCAGCACUUCUCCAUUUGUGCACCAACAGCACGCGUCACCGGUCCAUGGUCCUCCAGGAAGGGGCUAUACCACCGCUACACGCCCUCUCACAAACUGGAACGCCCCGAGCCAAAGAAAAGGCAAUGGCUUUGCUGAGGCAUUUUCGGGAGCAAAGGCAUGCAACCUUUGGAUCUCGGUCAGGCCACAACAGUUUUGACGUGUGAAUCCUCUUUCCCAAAGUUUUCUAUGUACUUUUAUUCUUGUUAUAUAAUGUAAAUUUGUAACUAAUAUCAUGGUUUAAAUCAUUAAUUUUUAUUAA